CACUGAUAUGGAACGUUUGAGCCAGGCUCUGUUUCCAAGUGGGAACCAAUUUUAGUUUUGUGUUAGCGGUUCCUUUUUGAGAGUUACACAAGGGCGAGUGUCUGAUUUUGAGCCACGGGGUGGCAACGUUUUCCGUUUGUGUAAAAAAGGCCCCCCUUGUGGACGCCAAGUAUGACACCCUUUACUGUGACUUUCUCCCUGCUGAUGACGCAUCGCUUCAACUAACGUUCAGCCAAUCAGCGUACAGUUUGGGCUUGCGAUAUUACACUGUAGUAAUUCUACCGAAGACCCCGCUCUAACAGCGCCGAUUUAGUAAUCCAACCUUGUACUCACAGCUGUCCGUUUUAUGUGCGUCUUUGGCAAGUAAGAGACUGUAUUAUGUUCAAUAAUAACCAUUGUGAACGUGUAUAUUGUUAGUGUAGAUUCCUGUAUGCGGCCAUGCUAACGUGUAGCUUAGGCUUUGCCUUGCCUUGUAGGCCUCGAUUUGCUAUGUUUACGAAGCGCAUGUUUCCGCGAUUAUAUAAACAGUCUUUCAGUUGCCAUUACUUGUAGCAUUAGUUCGUCUCCUAUGUGUAGCAUAAGGGCUAAAGUACUGUUCUACACAUGGUUUAUUAUGGUUAAUUGGUUCGGGCCAUACUCCCGUUCACUUGCAGUAGCGGUCACGUGACCCAAACUUUGGGUGCCACAUACUGUAAUGCGUUCUUGUGACCAAUAGAGGAAGCUAUUGCUCUGCAGAUGGCAUACACUUUCCCUGUUUCAUGUAUCGAGUCAGUUGAACAGCCAAAUGGUCAUUCCAGCAGGCCUAAUGCCUAUUUGGACAUGUUUAUUCCACGUUGGAAAUGAUUAGAUAGUAAAGUAGAAUGCAAACUCGUUCAUGUUAUUAAUGUAUAUUGCAUUGGAACCAUAGUUGUACUCAUUAUGGUGUUUAUUUCUGUUUCUCUAAGAACCACACAUACACAAACCCUACAUACCUGCAAACCUAUGUUGCAAUAAACCAGCUGUGAAGCAAUAAAGAAAUUGAGGGAAGACAUCUGUGUGAUUCUGACCGGUCACCCGAUGCGAGCUCUACUCAACGAUCCAGUAUAAUAUAUCAUAGGAAGCCAUUCCUUCCGUACAGUUUGCAUAAACAAGUGAUGAAGAAUGCAAGGAAUGCUUAUUUUGUUUCUUUUCUGAUAGCAUUUUUGUUUAUUGGUGAAACCAGAGUUUUGAAGAUCUGUAUUGUCAAGAUUUACGUUUUUCUUCGUUUUCUCCCUCGAGCAAAUGCGGCAAUGAGUUCUCACGGCAUGUGUGUGGAGAAGGAGUUGAAUAAAUGCCCGUUUUGAAGAACUGCUUGUACGCCUGAUUGACAAGAGGGAGUUACAGUGAGAACUCAGCCAGCCCGGCGCCAGAACAAGACGGUGUUCGGCAGAGCUACAAGCAAGUCACGUCACUCACCUCUUCCAUCGGACAGAUAAGAGACUGUACAUUCACCUGCCUAUACAAGUAGCUACCUGAGUCCAGAGAGCUUUGGGUGCCAGUCAACAAUAAGUAAAACAUUUGAACAAGUUAAAUGUUUAAAGGUGGACUAGCCUCAAUUGCUGUAAAGGGACCUACAAGUGCUAAAUUGUGCAAUGUUAUGGUGAUGUGUGCAUGUUGUAAGGUUUAAGUGCUUGCUUAUUUGCACCUAGUAAUGUCUGACCAUUCAUAGCAUUUGAAAACAAGUUCAUUUGCGAACAUUUAAAGGUGUAGAACAGGGGUGGGCAAACUACGGCCCGCGGGCCACAUCCGGCCCACGGGACCGUUUAAUCCGGCCCGCCAACCCUGAACAAAUUGUAUUAUUAAACUUUUUUUUUUUGGUCAUUUUGCCUGCAAUGACUGCGUCUUCCCAGUAGAUGGCGAAGCGCUCGCCUGCGCAUUUACUACCGGAAGCCGUGUCAGAAAGCUCGGUGCACACUCACAAGUGCGUGUACGUACUCAGUAGUACGGACUUGGCGCACUCUCGCUCUAUUCGUAUCAGUCCCGAAUUUAGAGCGUGGGCUUUGACGACAGCAUUCUUAUAAUUCGUGCGCUGAGCUUUUAGAUGCAGUUUUGCGCUAAAGCCACCCACAAACCUUCCCCUGGAAUCCUUCCAUUAAAAUGAGUGGCCCGAAAAAAAGAAGUGAGUGCCGAAUGUUAAAAAAGAGUGGCCAAUUUGGCUCGACGUACGCGACGUGACGUUCAGCAACAUCAACAUCAACCCGUCACAGAUCAAGGUAAACGGACCAACACCUCGGAUCUCGGCUAAGAAUUGCCACAACAAAUUUUACUCCAGACUAUGACGCACUAGCAAAAAAGGGAGACCAACAACACUGUUCCCACUGAAAAUGAACGGGAGGCUCUCAAGUUUAUUGUAAAAAAAUGCAUUUUGAAUAUGAUUUGUACACAUAGCAGGGAUUGAAACUAGCGACCAUUCUCAUUUUCAAACAAUGCAGGAUGCUCAAGGACAUUGAUGCACCACCUAUUUGCGACUAAUCUUAACCUGUAAAGUUCUUAAGGCUUACUUUAAGGAAGUGUUUCCCGUUUCCUCACCUCUGUUACCAGGUGUUUGCGAGUUAAAACUCUGCUCUGAUUUUCAGAUACCCCUCACCGUGUUGCUGUUUUGAUUACUUUAUUUGGAUGUAUGCUUUCACCGAUUCUUCAAGAUGAUAUAUUUGGUCAGAAUGUUUGCCGUUUGAUGUGAUCUCAUAAAAUAAACAUCUUUCAUUAAUCUGACCUGCAGGCACUGAAGUGAUGGAGAUUGUUAUUCAUAAUAACAGUGUCGUAUUUUACGAGAAUCACUGAUAGCAGUUUUUUAGUGAAUUAUUAUUUUUUUAAUGCUAUUAAUAAAUGCAUUUGUUUUCAAAAAACUUGUUUGGAAUAUCCAUGCUUUACUACCUACUAAAGGCCAAUAUCUUUUAUGCAAUGACCUUUACAGGUCGCUUAUAUGACUUCACACAACGCCUACGUCCAUCUGCUCCUGGUCCGGCCCUCCGGUCCAAAUUUAGAACCCAGUUCGGCCCGCGAGUCAAAACGUUUGCCCACCCCUGGUGUAGAACAACAUUUAAGUGAUUAAGUCAUUGCAAUGAAAAUUAAGUUUAUUGUACAUUUAGUCAAUAUAUUAGACAGGUUGGUUGAUAAAGUAAAGUACAGGAGUCAGUAGUAAUUCAAGAUAGCCUACUGUAGUCAAGUGAUAAAACUAUAACAUCAUUACAUUAGUAAAUCAGAUUUAUACUUGAGUUUAAAGAAAAUCAGUUCAUAUAGCUUAAAUUUCAUGCAAAAUCGUAAUAAAAAAAUAAUAGAUAAAUUAAUAAUCUUAAUAAAUACUGAGUUCAUGAGACUUCCUAAAAAUAGAUGUGUCCAAGAUAGAAGGGAUAACUCCAAUCUUAGAAUGCAUUGAGGAUGCUGAUAGUGAGCAAGCAGAUAAAACUCUUAAGGGGGAGACUGAAAUAAGUAAAGGCAAACAACCUGCCCCAGAAGAUGAAAUAAGAAGAAGUGAAAGAUCAAGAAAGCUCACUGAGAAGGGACAAGAACUCGAAGAGACUAAACUCAAAGGUCUCCAACAUCGUUUCUCACGUACCUAUGACAAGUGGAAGAUUCUUGCUAAGAAAUCAAGGAAGGAGAUAGAGGGAGCCUCUUCUCAAGAGAACCUACAAACUCUCAUCAACAAGAUAAAAGAAGCAUCAAAUGAUGUACAGCAGGCGUACGAAGACCUGCGCAAAUGCAUAAUCCCUGAUAAAGAGACACGCCGUCGAACAGACACCUGCGACACUGUCUCAAGGCAGAUAUUAGAGCAUGCUUGGAAUCAUCUCCAAGACAAAGAUAACGAGCAAGAAAUAGAGUGGUUUGAGACUGGCUCUGUGUUCUCAUUAGAAGUAUCAGAAGCAUGCAGUGCAAGCUCAAGAUCAUCACUCUCAAGUAAAUCCUCAUGUAAAUCUUCAAAAAUAAGUGAAGCUGCAGCAGAAUUAGCAGCAAAUGAAGCCACUUUGGAAGUCCAAGAGCAAGUGGAGCGUGAGGAACGUGAACUCAGAAACCUAGAAGCUGAGUACAGACAAAGGCUUGCAUAACAAGAAAAAGAAUGUGCUGCAAAUAAACAGGUCUUGGAAGAAAAGCGCAGAAAGAUAGAACGCUUAGAGACCAUAAAAAAGAUGAAUGCCGCCAAGGCCAAACUAGAAGUGUAUAAACAAGAACAAGGCUCAACCUCAGACUUGCUGGAUCUAUUCAAGGAUUAUAAGCCCAAACGAGAAAGGCUUACAUUCGACUCAAAACCUGCUGUCACGCCACAACUAAUCACAAGGAUGCAAUCUUCUAUAACUACUCCCAAAGAGGAUAGCACAACUGAUUUCCCCAAGGUACUAGCAGAGUCCUUCAGUGUAAGCCGUCUCCCAGCACCAGAGCCUGCUGUUUUCAGUGGAGAUCCACUAAAGUACAAGGGCUGGAAAAUGUCCUUUCAAACGCUGAUAGGCAGAAAGAAUAUACCAGCGAACAAAAAAAUCUACUACCUACAAAAAUAUGUUGGCGGACCAGCAAGGAAAGCCAUUGAGGGAUACUUCCUUCUGGGAACAGAUGCAGCCUAUCAGACAGCGCUCGAUGUCCUGGAAAAAAGAUAUGGAAGCUCCUUUAUUAUUGCUAAGGCUUUCAGAGAUAAGCUGGCCUCAUGGCCAAAGAUAGGACCCAAGGAAAGCAUUCAGCUACGAGAGUUCUCAGACUUCCUUCGAGGCUGUCAAGCAGCCAUGUCGCAAAUAAAGAGCCUGGAGGUCCUUAACGACUGUGGUGAAAACCAACGAAUGCUCUCCAAGCUCCCCGACUGGCUUACAGCAAGAUGGAACCGAAGGGUGACCAGGAUGGAAAAGGAAAAUGAGACUUUCCCCAGCUUCGAUCAGUUCGUGGAAUUCGUCACAGAGGAAGCCGAUAUAGCUUGUAAUCCGAUUACCUCCCUUCACGCUCUGAAGUCUGGAGAUGGUGGAAAGGAGAAGCCACAAAAAACACGAAGUGUUGGUGCUAAGGUGCUAGCAAGUAGCUCUGAAGAGAAAACAGAUGCUAAAGAAUGUGUAUUCUGUGAGAAGUCAAAUCAUGGCUUACAGACAUGUCGAAAGUUCUUGAAAGAGACAACUGCAGAACGAGUCAAGUUUGUGAAAACAAACAAGCUCUGCUUUGGAUGUUUGAAAUCAGGACAUCAGUCCAAGAACUGUGAGAAGAGAAGCAUUUGUGAGACAUGCAAAAGGAAGCAUCCAACAUGUCUACAUGAAAAUCGUCCAAGGGAAGACAAUAGGAAAGAACAAGAGGUGACGAAAGAAAGGAGAGUGGGAGACGCUUUAAGAAAAGGGAGCGCACAAAGGAGAAAGAAGACUUAUCAGAGUCUGAAGAGAAAGAAGAGACACCAGUAGAGGCAACAGCUAACAGAGUGGUGCAAGACAAGAGGAGCACCUAUUCCUCCACAGUUGUUCCUGUAUGGCUGUCCACAGCAAGUAAUCCAGAGCAGGAAGUGCUCGUAUACGCUCUAUUGGACAACCAAAGCGACACCACCUUCAUCCUGCAAGAAACGGCAGAAGUGUUAGUUACAAAGAAACAGCCUGUGCAAUUAAAGCUCUCCACGAUGUCAUCCAAAAAUACCGUCAUCCAGAGUCAGAAGUUAACUGGACUGCAGGUCAGAGGUUAUAAUGAGACAAGGAAAAUAUCUCUCCCAGUAACCUACACAAGAGAGUUUAGUCCUGCAAACCUAAGUCAUGUCCCCAUACCUGAGACAGCAAGAUCAUGGCCUCACCUAGAGCACCUUGCCGGAGAGAUCACUCCUUUAUGUGACUGUGAGAUUGGCCUGCUCAUAGGCUACAACUGUUCUCAGGCCCUGUUGCCCAGAGAAGUGGUGUCAGGAAAAGUUAAUGAGCCUUUCGCUUAACGAACAGACUUGGGCUGGAGUAUAGUUGGCUGUGCAGAUCCCUGCGUCGAUUAUGGAGAUGCAAUUGGAAACAGCCACAGGAUCGUUGUGAAACAAGUGACUCCACACAUUGAGUCACAGGCUUAUCAACCAGGUGAAGUACGAUACAUAUAUCGAACACAAAUCAAGGAAGUCAUCACACCACCAGAAGUCAUUAAGGCACUCGAAUCAGACUUCAACGAAAGAGUAGCCGAAGAUGCCCAUAUCUCACAGGAAGAUCUACGUUUUCUAUCCAUAAUGGAGGAAGGAAUCAAAGCGAAGCCAGACGGACGUUGCGAAAUGCCUCUCCCAUUUAAAGAAGAAAGGCCAAGCCUGCCACAGAACAGAAUCUGUGCAGAUCACCGUCUCAAGUGUCUCAGAAAGAGAUUGGAGAGGGACGAGCAAUAUCGGAAGGACUACAAGACCUUCAUGAGUGAGAUGAUUGCACGCGGAGAUGCAGAGAAAGUCACAGAACAACUUGACAAAAGCCCGUCCUGGUACAUUCCUCAUCACGGGGUGUAUCACCCUCAUAAACCUGGGAAGAUACGGGUCGUGUUCGACUGCUCAGCCAAGUUCCAAGGCAUGUCAAUGAAUGACCACCUGCUUACCGGACCGGAACUGACAAACACCUUGGUAGGCGUGCUCUGUCGCUUUCGCAAGGGUCCAGUAGCGAUCAUGUGUGAUGUGGAACGCAUGUUCCAUCAGUUCCAUGUCAGACCAGAGGACAGAGACUAUUUGAGGUUUCUGUGGUGGGAAGACGGCGACCUACAGUCAGAACCAGCGGUCUACCGCAUGAAAGUACAUCUGUUUGGGGCGGCCUCAUCACCCGGCUGCGCAAACUAUGGCCUCAAACACAUCGCUGCACAAGGACAAGGUCACUUCAAAGAAACAUCCAUUAGAUUCAUAGAAAGAAACUUCUAUGUGGAUGAUGGACUAACAAGUGUGACAACUGAAGAAGAAGCAAUACAGCUAGUCGCUGAAGCAAGAGAAAUCUGCAGUAAUGGCAAGCUGCAAAUUCACAAGUUCAUCUCCAAUCGCCAGAAAGUACUUGCAUCGAUUCCCAAAGAAGAGUGUGCUGAAAUAGUACUUAAUCAAGACUUAGCCAAAGGCGAGCCGCAGAUUGAGAGGGCUCUGGGUGUCGAGUGGUGUCGGAACUGGUCGGAGGCAAGACCAGUUCCAAUUCAGAGUAGUGGUCAAGGAGCGUCCGCUCUCUAGAAGAGGAGUGUUGUCGAUGGUAGCCUCUAUUUUUGACCCACUCGGGUUUGUAGCACCUUUCAUUCUCGUUGGAAAACAAAUACUACAGCAGAUGUGCCGUGACAAGAUCGGAUGGGAUGAGCAUUUACCUGAUGAUUUACGGCCACAAUGGGAAUCUUGGUUCCUAGACCUACAGAACCUCGCUGACAUCAAGAUUCAACGAUGCUACCUACCAGACAGUUUCAAAGAGGUCCAAAGAUAUGAACUUCAUCAUUUCUCAGAUGCAAGUGUCACAGGCUACGGAGAGUGUUCUUACCUGAGAGCAAUAGACACAUCCGGACAAAUCCACUGUUCCUUGGUCAUGGCCAAGGCAAGAGUUGCCCCCACGAAGGUAACUACAGUGCCAAGACUUGAGUUGUCCGCAGCUGUUGUUGCUGUGCGGACUAGCGACCUGCUGAAAAGGGAGUUGGAAAUGGAAGAUGCUCAGGAAAUCUUUUGGACGGACUCAAAGGUCGUGCUUGGAUAUAUCAACAACGACGCCAGAAGAUUUCAUGUAUUCGUGGCCAACCGCAUUCAGCGAAUCAAGAACAGUACCAAGCCCAGUCAAUGGAGAUAUGUGGCUUCAGAAGAAAACCCUGCAGACCACUCAUCAAGGGGUCUCAGGGCAAAGGAGCUCAUCGAGUCUAACUGGUUUACAGGCCCUGAAUUUCUCUGGCGUGAAGAACUUCCCAGCGGAGACGUCAAGGUAGGAGAGAUGUUAGCAGAAGACACUGAAGUUCGAAAGGCCUUCGUGGGCAAGACCUUGACGACGGAAGACUCACUGCUUGAUCGCUUCCAGAAGUUCUCCAGCUGGAUGAUGUUAGUCAAAGCCAUCGCUAGACUCAAACGACGUGUCAAAGAGCUCAAGGGUCUGACAGAAAGAAUCAAUGAAGCCACGAGUCUCGAAGAAAGAAAGGAACCAGAAAUCAAGAUCAAUGAAAUAGUGAUUAUAAAGGAUGAAAAUACACCAAGAAAUGAAUGGAAGCUGGCUAAGGUCACACAAGUGUACCCAAGUGAAGAUGGUCAUGUGAGGAAGAUACAGUUAUUGAUCAGCGACUCAGAACUAAAUGACAUUGGAAAACGAGUCAACAAGCAAACCUACCUGGAGAGACCUAUACAUAAGACUGUGACCUUGCUUGAAGCAGAAUGAGAGCCUCCAGUCUACCCUCUCUAGAGCUCCCUCCCCUAGCGCCAGCUAGCUUAUGACCUAAUCCUUAGUUAUAGUUACCUUAAUUAUACUUACCUCAAUUAUACUUACCCUUUUUCUCUUAGUCCUACUCAUCUCAGAUAGUUGAAGAAAAUCACAAGUGAUUUGGUGGGAGUGUAGCUGCCAUAAGAAAAUGCACUGAUAUGGAACGUUUGAGCCAGGCUCUGUUUCCAAGUGGGAACCAAUUUUAGUUUUGUGUUAGUGGUUCCUUUUCGAGAGUUACACAAGGGCGAGUGUCUGAUUUUGAGCCACGGGGGGUGGCAACGUUUCCCGUUUGCAUAAGCAAGUGAUGAAGAAUGCAAGGAAUGCUUAUUUUGUUUCUUUUCUGAUAGCAUUUUUGGUUAUUGGUGAAACCAGAGUUUUGAAGAUCUGUAUUGUCAAGAUUUACGUUUUUCUUCGUUUUCUCCCUCGAGCAAAUGCGGCAAUGAGGUAAUCCUUUGUCAUAUUAGCUGUUAGCCAUGCUAUGUUAUGUUAGCAAGAACAUGACGAAUGUGUUUUAAGUGCAUGAGCAGAUUUAAGUUAUUUUGUGUGUAACGUUUAUUGUUCUCCGUGAGAACGUUUUAUGUUAAUAGUCUUUAUGUCUUUUAGUUCUCACGGCAUGUGUGUGGAGAAGGAGUUGAAUAAAUGCCCGUUUUGAAGAACUGCUUGUACGCCUGAUUGACAAGAGGGAGCUACAAUACGCAUUUAGGUUUAGAACUGAACUCUCGCUCUUUAGUAUAUAGCUGACGUGUCUUGCGCAUCCGUUUUGCGCAUCUGUAAUGGGGGCCUCCGUAUGAUAUCCGGUUUGCGAUGGAGAUGAAAAAAAACAAACAAUAUUUGACAAUAACACACCAUCAAGGAUUGCACCAUCGCAUCAAACGAUGUGUCGUCAAUUAUGGAUUUUACUGACUAAGUGUGUUGGGCAGGAUGGCUGAAUGCGAUGCGCGAUUGACUAAACAUAGGUAGAGAACUGAACUCUCGCUCUUUAUAUAGCUGACGUAUCUUGCGCAUCCGUUCUGCGCAUACUGUCAUGGCGGCCUCCGUAGGAUAUCCGGUCUGCGAUGGAGAUUAAAAAACAAACAAUAUUUGACAA